CAAAACUACUAAGCUACUUCGUUUGUUUUCGUUUUACUUUUGUGAUUUGUCACUUAAUUUAUUAUCAAUUUUAUGUAUUUUAUGCUUGUUUUGUAGUUACUAUACAAAUAUUCUAAUCCAUGUAAACUUUCAGCUAUGGUUUCAGGUUGAAAAAUCCUUGCGUUUUGUAAACACUGUAAAUUACUUUGAGAAGCAGAGAGCCAUCGAUUCCGUCCAUGUCGACAUCCAGAAGCAUUCAGCAGGACGCACUCGGCUUGCUGGAGUUGCCUUUGGAAAUCGUAUUGAAGAUUUUCAACUUUUGUGAUCUUCCAUCGCUAGGGCGUCUAUCGCAAGCGUGCCACGAACUGCGAUCCCUCUGUGCGGAUGAAAUACUAUGGCGCAAGAUAAUCCGCAGCACAUUUCUGCCCGUUCAAGGUCCCAGUAUGGGCUCAGGAAACACGGAACGCAUUUGCAUGGUGUGGAAGUCAUUGCCAGCCAAAACGCAGUGCCAAUUGAUUUAUGGCUUUAAAGAGCGGAAAAUGAAGAAAAGUCGAACGACCUACUUAUACCAGUUGGCUGCUGGCAUUAAUCACAAGAGCCCACUUUGCAUGCAUCGCGUGCUGCUGGAUGAUCGGGGCAUUUGGACGUGCAGUCUAGAGAAGAUAAUGCAGCUCCCGUGGCAGUUUGUCGAUGCUUCUCUGACGACCGAUGCGGCGCGCUUCACGAGCUACCUGGAAUGCUCUGAUCCCGCACGACACAUUGGGGAUUUCACGGUAUCCGCACGAUACUUGGUGGCGGGGCAUUGGAAUGGCUCUAUUACUGUCGUGGAAGCUGAAUCGACUUUCCAAAGCAGAUACGAAUGCCGUCCACACUUAUCGGAUGUCCAUUCCGUUGCAGUUCGGGAUAGUUUAUUGUUUAGUGGAUCUCGUGAUCAUACGGUCUCCUUCUUCGAUUUAGAUAAGAAAUCCCCCCUAUUGCUGGCAAAUUUGGAUGAUCGGAUUUGGUGUGUGGCACCGCAUCGUAGGGCUCCCCUAGUGGCCAUCGGAACAUCCGGUACAACCCGUAGUCCGCUCUUACGAUUGAGUACUCGCGCAAGAGAUCCUUUUCUUAUGGAACAGUGCAAUUUACGAAUUUUCGAUUUCCAGUCAGAGGCCGUCCUGCGCAAUCUAAAUCGUGGAUUUCGACAUGGUUUUGGAAUACUCACUGCCAUGUUUACUGAUGAUAAUACACUGAUUUGUGGUGGACACGACGGACUCUUGCGGAUUUGGGAUCUAAGAGAGUAUCGUUGUGUGGAUGAACUGGAUUCUGACCUGGACUCGGCUGUGUAUUGCUUUUGCACCGAUGGCGCUUACACCAUUGCCACCGGUCACGCUAAUUAUAACGCCGUUUGUUUGUGGGACCGUCGAUACGCCCGCUAUCCUAUUCAGACUCAUUCCAUUGUGCAAAAACAUGGAGAAACUAAAGCAAACUGCUCGGUAUAUGGAUUGUGCUUUACACCCUUCGAAAUGUACAUUGGACUGCAGGACGGAGUAUACAGGAUGGAAUUUUGCUCAUAAUUAACGUCAGGGAAUGUUUUCUUGCCUUUUGUUUCUGGCUUUCCUGAUUUGCCGCACGAGCUUUGAUUUCGUAAAACUGUGGUCUUUUUGCGCUUGGUUCUUUCACCUGCUCUGUGAUAUUUUUGCAGCAGUGAUGCUUUGAUUUGCGUUGGAUACUUGUAAACGUUUUUGUAAUGCUGCCCAGACGGGAUUUAACGGUGCAAACACUUGGUUUUAAUUAUUAUUAAAAUUAAGAAAGCAAUUAAAUAAGUAACUGA